UCCUCCAACUCUGUUUUCUUCUCAGAAUAGGGCAGGCCUCCAAGAGAGCACAAAGAAACAAGAACAAACAAGAUACAAAAAGACAAGGCAAUAGACCUCAUAUGGACACUGUACAAGGGAACCUGAUAAGAAGAAAAGAGUCUCAGAAGCAGAAUGGAAUGACCUAUGAUGAUGUGCAUGUAAACUUCACUGGAGAAGAGUGGGCUUUGCUGGAUCCUUCCCAGAAGAGGCUCUACAAGGAUGUGAUGUUGGAAACCUACAGGAACCUCGCAGCUAUAGGUUACAGUUGGGAAGACCGUAAUAUUGAACAUUUUCAACGUUCUAGAAGACACGUUGGAAGGCAUGAAAGAAGUCAUACUAUAGAAAAACCUUCUGUAUAUACUCAGUAUGAUAAAGUAUUUGCAUAUCACAGUCAUCCUCAAAAACAUCACCAAAUUCAUACUGGAGAGAAAUCCCACGAAGGUAUUCAACAUGGUAAAGCCUUUGCACAUCACAAUCACCUUCAAAGGCAUGAAAGAAUUCAUACUGGAGAAAAACCUUAUGAAUGUAAUCAGUGUGGUCAAGCCUUUGCACAACGUAGUUACCUUCGAAGGCAUAAAAGAAUUCAUACUGGAGAGAAACCCUAUGAAUGGAACCAGUGUGGUCAAGCCUUUGCAUGUCAAGGUAAUCUCCAAAAUCAUAAAAGGACAUAUACUGCAGCGAAACCCUAUGAAUGUAAUCAGUGUGGUAAAGCCUUUAGGAGGCACAAUAGUCUCCAAGUACAUAAACGAACACAUACUGGAGAGAAACCCUACAAAUGUGAUCAGUGUGAUAAAGCCUUUUCACAACAAGGUCAUCUCAGAAUACAUAAAAGAACACAUACUGGAGAGAAACCCUAUGAAUGUAAUCAGUGUGGUAAAGCCUUUGCAGUUUACAGUACUCUCCAAAUACAUGAAAGGACACAUACUGCAGAGAAACCCUAUGAAUGUAAUCAGUGUGGUAAAGCCUUUAGGAGGCACAAUACUCUCCAAAUACAUAAACGAACACAUACUGGAGAGAAACCCUACAAAUGUGAUCAAUGUGAUAAAGCCUUCUCACAACAAGGUCAUCUCAGAAUACAUAAAAGAACACAUACUGGAGAGAAACCUUAUGAAUGUAAUCAGUGUCGUAAAGCUUUUGCACGCCAUAGUCAUCUUCAAAUUCAUGAAAGAAUUCAUACUGGAGAGAAACCUUACAGAUGUAACCAAUGUGAUAAAGCCUUUGCACAAUAUGGUGGUCUUCAAAUACAUCUCGGCACACAUACUGCUGGGAAACCCUACAAAUGUAAUGAAUGUGGUAAAGCUUUUUCACAACACAGUUAUCUCCGAACACAUAAAAGAAUACAUUUUAGAGAGAAAUCCUACAAAUAAGUAAUGUGGUAAAGCCUUUGUGUGUAACAGCAGUCUAUGAAAUCAGGAGGAAAAUCACACUGCAGAGGAACCCUAUAAGUAUAGUCAGUAUGGUAAAAUUUUGCACUCAUGGCAUCAGUACACAAGAGGAAAACUUUUGAUGUUAUCAAUCUGUUAAAGCCUUUGCACUUCACAGUAGUUUUGAGUGCUGAGAAAACUCACAGUGAAUGAAUCUAUGACGAUAAAGGAUUUGAUAAGAUAUUUAGCCAACACAUUUACAUUAAGUUACAGAAAAUUAUUCAGGGGAAUAAAUCUGACAAGUCUCAACAACAUAUUCAAACAUGUUAUUCUUUAUUAUGCCCUGAUGACCUGGAAGAGAUAUAAGAUUGCUUGCUUCAGAAGUAUCUGAGGCCUUGGCACUUUAAAGAAGUUUCAGAGUCUAAAUCUCUAACAAAACGAAAAAGAGUGAAAAGAAAGAUCAGGAGGGAAACUGACAAGUCUUAAAAAGUGGCUGAGCACUUGACCAAUGCCACAAGACAGUUUAUCUCAAAUGUGGUAA